AUGCUUGAUGCCGACAUGGAUUUGGCACCGAGUCCCUCUCCAAUUUCCAGUCCCACAUACGAUUGCAUUGAUCCUGGGCAGAAUCAUAUAGGCAUAGUAGAAGUUUUGGUCGUCCUGGCCAUUGUUGCCAUGUUCAUCCUACACAUACUUGGUUCCUUACGCCGGAGGUCCAGCCACGGUGUCAUCCACGCCCUGGUGAUGGGAGUCAGCACGCUGUCCUACCCGCUGGUGAGCUUCACCAUUGGGCGGAUGAAAUCUUCCGAUUGGUACCUCGAUGACUUCCCUGUGUGGGCCGUGUUCAUGCUUCUACUCCUUGGAAGCACGGACAACCUCACGGCCUGCCGCCUCAACGACAUCGAGAACUGGAAAAGCAUCUAUGUUAAUACCCUAUUCAAGGGAUUCUUGGUGGUGUAUGUUGUUGUGAACAUUACCAUGUUGCAAAAUCAUCACUUCCGCUACCUUUACUCGAUCCUGGCCAUCCUGUUUGUCGGCGUCCUCAAGUGGUACCAGAGGAUCGCUUCCAUGAGGAUGGUGAGCAAGUCCUACCUGUGCAAGAACAUGAAGGUGAUCGCCGAAUACAUGAAGCACAAGGACAACCUGCUGAGGUCCUUCGAUCCAGUGACCAUGGAAGGCUACAAGUACAUGGUUGCUGGUGAGAAAUACUGCACCAAGCGUCCAGGGCGCGUUACCACAGUGGAGCAGAUCUGGCAAUGUACCGGGAAUCUACUGCUCCGUGAGCGGGGCAUGUUGCUCAAGGACGUAUGCCUCUCCAUGGCGCUCUCCAAGAUGCUCAACCGAAGGUUUGCUGGCUUCAAGCUCUCAGAAGCAAAGCUUCCGAAAACUCAUGACUUCGUGUUCAAAGGCCUACUUGCUGGGGACAAGCCACAUCAGCGGGCAUUCAGGGUCAUCGAGGAAGAGCUUGUUUUUGUCCAUGACUUGUAUUACACAAGGUACUCUUACCUCUACCAGAAGGGCCGAUACUUAGCUCUCUGUCUUCCUAUCAUCAUGUUUGGCCUAUGCUCGUGGCUCGCCCACCUCAUCGUUAGGGAUCGCUCUACGGAUGACUGGACAUUCUCUGACUUGACCAUAUUCAUAACUGUUGUCUUGGCAUUCCUAGAGCUAUACCAGCUAUACCUGUACGUAGCCUCAGGUUGGUUCAAGGUGGCGCUGUUAAGAAGCUAUGUCACGAAACCUUUCUUGCAAAGAAAGGGAUGUUUCCCUGAGAUGAUCAUGGGACUUCUCUUGAGGUUGCAGGCGUUUCGCCCAUGGAAGAAUAGACUUGGGCAGUACUGUAUCAUCCAGGAGCUCGGCCACAAAAGUGGAGCUAGCAAUUGUCUCCAUUAUGCUACACUGCGCCUGGUGGACAAGGCCAAGAACAAGAAGGGGUGCAAGAAAUCGGUCACGCUAUCUGAAAAUGUGAAGAAAGCCAUCGUUGAAUCCUUACUAGGAAGCAACGGCCACCUGACCAAUGGGGUAACAUCGCUGAAGGAAAAUGGCGUUCAUGGUCACCUAUCCUGGGCAUGCAAUGGUACCGCUGCUGAGGGAUCGGUAACGCGCACCAUACUGGUCUGGCACAUUGCUACAACCCUGUGUGAGCACCAGCUGGAUACACAAGCCAAAAAACAAGACGUGGUCAGAACAGCCUCCACAUUAUCUCAGUACUGCUUGCAUCUCCUCGCUUUCGCACCUCACCUCUUGCCUGACCACAUCUCUAUAUCAGAAUCCAUACUUGACGAAACAAUUGAAAAAGCAGGUGAUAUACUCAAAGGGGCAAAGACGAUGAAGAAGAAGUGUGAGAAACUAAUGGAAAAUAGCAACCAUACUGGUGCAUAUGAUGAUGAAGCAUCGCUGGUAAUCACACAGGGCACUAAGCUUGCAAGAGAUCUGCUUGAGCACAUACCAGAAAUGAGAUCCAGGUGGAAGGUCCUCUCUGAUUUCUGGGCGGAGAUGAUGCUGUACAUCUCACCGUCUGAUGAUUCCCGUGCGCACCUCGAAACUCUUGCCAGAGGAGGGGAAUUCAUCACGCAUCUCUGGGCACUACUCACGCAUGCUGGUGUGCUGAAGCGAGCCCCCACAGGGCCAAACGAUCUUGUCUGA